ACCUAUAAAAACACGGAAAGGCGCGCCAAACCAAACCCAUUUCCCCGCUUAACUUCUCGUCUUCCUCAACUUCCCCGGUUCACUCUCGAUUCACGAAUGGCGACGUUCCUCACCUUACGAUGCGGCGGCUGCCGCAAGAACCUCCGCGCCGGAGCGGGGGUCACGGAGUUGCAGUGCCCUAACUGUCAAAUGCCGAACUCAUUCGCCAGCGCCAUCGAUUCCUCCGCUGCGCAACUUCGCUGCUCCGCCUGCAAGUCUCUCGUCAUCGCUCCGGUUGGCCUUGCCAGGUUCCCUUGCCCUCAGUGCGCCGUUGAGCUCGAUGUUCAAGUCGACGGCGACGACGUCAACGAGCUAGUUGUUGAAGUGGAGCGUGAUGAAGAUGGUGGUGGUGUGGCUGGAGAAACAUUUAUGGACUAUCGACCUGCCAAGGUAUCUAUGGGACCUCCCCACCCAGAUUCUGUCGUGGAGACAUCUUCCUUGUCUGCAGUGCCGCCACCUGAGCCUACUUAUAAUCCAAGGAUUAAAGAUCAUUUGGAAAGUUCGAAGACUUUGUCAAGCUUGCAGAUUGAGACAUUGGUCUAUGCUUGUCAGAGACAUACUCAACACCUUCCUGAUGGCACUAGGGCAGGGUUCUUUAUUGGAGAUGGAGCUGGUGUAGGUAAAGGUCGAACAAUUGCAGGGCUAAUUUGGGAGAACUGGCACCAUGGGAGGAAAAAAGCCUUGUGGAUUUCUGUUGGUUCAGACUUGAAGUUUGAUGCUAGAAGAGAUUUGGAUGACAUGGAUGCAACUUGCAUUAAAGUGCAUGCUUUGAACAAACUGCCUUAUUCUAAGCUUGAAUCAAAGGCUGUUGGGGUUAGGGAUGGAGUUAUUUUCUUGACAUACAGUAGCCUCAUAGCUUCUUCUGAGAAAAGUCGUAGCCGUCUCCAACAGCUUGUGCAGUGGUGUGGGCCAGGGUUUGAUGGUCUUAUCAUUUUUGAUGAGUGUCAUAAAGCAAAAAAUUUGGUCCCUGAAAUUGGUAAGCAACCAACACGAACGGGGGAAGCAGUACUUGAUAUCCAGGCUCGUCUACCUGAAGCUCGUGUUGUUUAUUGCUCAGCUACUGGUGCAUCUGAAUCUCGCAAUAUGGCUUAUAUGGUUCGACUUGGUCUUUGGGGAGAUGGGACUUCAUUUUGUGAUUUUGGUGAAUUUCUUGGUGCUCUUGAGAGAGGGGGUGUUGGAGCUCUAGAGCUAGUUGCAAUGGACAUGAAAGCAAGGGGGAUGUAUUUAUGCCGUACUCUUAGUUACAAGGGGGCCGAGUUUGAAGUUAUUGAAGCACCAUUAGAAGAUGAAAUGAUGAACUUGUAUAAAAAGGCUACAGAAUUUUGGGUAGAAUUGCGUGAAAAAUUGCUGUCUGCCAUUGCCUUCCUAAAUGAGAAACCUAAUUGUAGACAACUAUGGAGAUCAUACUGGGCAAGCCACCAGCGCUUCUUUAGACACUUGUGUAUGUCUGCUAAAGUACCUACUGUCGUGAGACUAGUGAAGGAAGCAUUAAUAGAAGAUAAGUGUGUAGUCAUCGGUCUGCAGAGUACUGGUGAAGCAAGGACAGAAGAAGCUGUUUCAAAAUAUGGUUUUGAACUUGAUGACUUUGUUUCUGGACCCCGGGAAUUGCUGCUAAAAUUUGUUGAAGAAAAUUACCCAUUGCCAGAAAAGCCUGAACUUCUCUCUGGAGAGGAUGGUGUAAAGGAGCUUCAAAGGAAGAGGCACCUGGCAAGUCCUGAGAUUUCUGCAAAAGGAAGAGUCAGAAAAAUAGCUAAGCCGCAGCCUCCUAGUGAUGCUGAGAGUGAUGAAGAAUCUGAAACUGCUUCUGCUCUUGAAUCUUCUGAUUCUGAUUACGGACCUGAAAGGGAUGAAAGUGCCUUAUCUGACCGUGAGUCUACUGACUCUGAUUACGAUGAGCUUCAGACAUGUGAAAUUUGCAGUACUGAAGAGGAAAGGGAAAACUUGCUGCAGUGUUCCAGCUGUGGUAAACUAGUCCAUCAAUCAUGCUUGGGAUCCCCAAUUUGCGAUUUGGUUCUCAAAGAAUGGUUAUGUCAUUUGUGCAAGGAAAAAACUGAGGACUAUCUCCCUGGAAGACCUGCCUACAUUGAACUGAAGAAUAGGUAUGACACAGUGUUGGAGUGGAAGACAAAGUUAUUAGAGAUGAUUCGUGCAUUGGAUCUUCCAAACAAUCCCUUGGAUGAUAUUAUGGACCAGUUAGGAGGCCCUGACAAAGUUGCAGAAAUGACAGGAAGGAAAGGUGUGCUUGUGAGGGAUCCUAGUGGAAAGGGUGUGAUUUAUCAGGCUCGUAAUAUAGAUGUCUCUAUGGAGAUGGCCAACAUGCAUGAAAAGAAGCUAUUUAUGGAUGGUAAGAAGUUAGUAGCUAUUAUCUCCGAAGCUGGAUCAGCUGGUGUUUCAUUGCAGGCAGACAGAAGAGUUGGAAAUCAGAAAAGAAGGGUUCAUAUAACUCUAGAACUUCCAUGGAGUGCUGACAGAGCAAUUCAGCAGUUUGGAAGAACUCAUCGGUCAAAUCAAGCUUCAGCACCACAAUAUAGGUUACUAUUUACUAACCUUGGUGGAGAGCGCCGAUUUGCAUCAGUUGUUGCUAAGAGAUUAGAAUCACUUGGUGCUUUGACUCAGGGAGACCGCAGGGCUGGUCCUUCAUUAAGUGCUUAUAAUUAUGAUAGUCCUUAUGGAAGGAGGGCUCUGAUGAUUCUGUACCGUGGAAUAAUGGAGCAGGAUACUCUUCCUGUUGUACCUCCAGGAUGUUUUUCUGACAGACCAGAUACAAUCAAAGGUUUUAUAAUGCAGGCAAAAGCUGCUCUUAUAUCUGUUGGAAUUGUUAGGGACACCAUUCUUGGAGAUGAUGAAGAUUCUAGAAGGUUAUUUGGUCGAAUUACCGAUUCAGAUAUGCAUGACGUUGGGCGAUUCCUCAAUAGGCUUUUGGGACUGCCUCCUGACACUCAAAAUAAGUUGUUUGAGUUAUUUUUGAAAAUCUUUGAUCUUCUUAUUCAAAAUGCUCGGAAUGAAGGUAACCUCGACACUGGCAUUGUUGACUUGAAAGCUAAUGCCAUUGAACUGAAAGGGACUCCCAAGACUGUCUAUGUUGAUCAAAUGAGUGGGGCUUCCACUGUUCUGUUCACAUUCAUCUUCGAUCGUGGGAUCUCAUGGGAGUUAGCAAAUACCAUGCUGAAUGAGAUGCAGAAGGAUGGACUGGGUUCAUCUAAUGAUGGUUUCUACAAGUCCAAAAGGGAGUGGCUAGGAAAGCGGCAUUUCAUUUUAGCAUUUGAAAGUUCUGCUUCAGCUAUGUAUAAGAUAAUUCGUCCCCCUCUUGGAGAAUCACCUCGGGAGAUGCACCUGACAGAACUAAAAAGAAAAUAUACCAAAGUAUCAACAUUAGAAGAGGCUCAAACUGGCUGGCAAGUUGAAUAUCAAGCGUCAUCUAAACAGUGCAUGCACGGUCCCAAUUGUAAGCUUCGCAACUUCUGUACAAUUGGCUCAAGACUGCAGGAAGUAAAUGUCUUGGGUGGCCUCAUUCUUCCUGUUUGGAAAACCAUAGAAAUGGUCCUUUCUAAUCAGGCUGUUCAAAGACAUAAGAGGUUACGUGUUGUUCGUGUAGAAACUACACCAGAUAACCCACAUAUAGUUGGUCUUCUUGUUCCUAAUUCAGCAGUUAAAACUGUGCUUCAAGGUUUAGCAUGGGCUCCGAACGUUGAUGAUUGAUGUGAGACACCAGACUCUGCUAACUUUUUGGAAGUUCACUAGUAAUAUUUGUUUACAGGACCAUACUCUAAGCUUGCUGCUGAAUUUUUUUGGGAAAGGGAAGUACUCGUUCUCUCUAAUACAACACAACAAUGCAGUGCAGUCUUCUGUACAAUGUUUUUGUUAUAUCACCCGUUUUUGGCAUAUAAUUCAAAAUUGUAUAGUUUUAAAGGUGAUCACUGUCUUAGGUCUUUUUGUUAUUUUUGCCGGGCGCUUUGGGGCUUCUUGCGGUUUUUUGUAGUCUUGCGGUUACCGCCGGCGCUGGUUGGAUUGUACUCCCUGCUUGAGAGUCUUGCUCUCAAACAUUUAACUAAUAUACCUUUUGCUUUCUAAAAAAAGGUGAUCACUGUCAAAGUCAAAGUGAAAUACACUAGAUGCCUCGGCUGUCACAUGAUGCAGUUCAGUGCGAGCUCGAUUGUUUGAGAAACUACUCAUUUACCAUUAUGUAAUACAUUUUUUUGCCAUAUUAAUUGUCCCAAAGUCGAGAAAGUACUUGCGAACCAUUGUAAAUUUUACUGCCACUACCAAAUCAGCACACAAAAGUAGCAACUUGAUCAUCACUGCCAUAUAGUGCAGGUUUUUGAGUUAAAACCUGCCUCCCAAGUUUUUUCCUAUCAAAUCAGCACACAAAAGUAACAAGUGUUUUAAGA